GGUACUUCUUCAAUAUCUCAACAUAGCACUCCCAUAUAUUCCAGAAGUUUAUAUGUUUAUAAUAAAAUAGAUUAAGAAUAGUUCGUGCAUAAUAAAUAUAAUAUGUGACAAGACACGACAAUUCUUAUGUCAAAAUUCUAAGAAAAUCCAAAAGUAUCUAAUAAUUACAUCAAUAUCGUGAUUUUGGUAAAUUCUUUGUAUUUAAAAAUAGAUACGAUAUUUUAUUAAAACAGCCUCAAAUAUGCAAAUAAUAUAUGAAAAUAAUACUUCUGUUUUAUUUUUAAUGAUAAAGUGACACAAGUGUCAAGCUGUAGUGUUUGUGGUUUAUUUCUGAAUAUGGGAAUUGCUGUAAAAAAUAAGAAAACGCAGAAAAUUACUAGAUUAAACACCGCAAAGAGCAAUGCUCCUGUGUAUACAGUCUCAUCACAACAUACGAAUACUACAAAAUUAGUCGCAGAUAAGAAUAGUAAUGUAUUAAAUACUAAUUGUGGCUGUAAUUAUAGAACUAAACAAUUGAAGAAAAUGUCUUUGAAGUUCAUGCCACAUGAUAGAAUUAAGCAGAACUAUACGAAACCAGAAACUUGGGCCUCAAUAGUUAAUAUGUAUAGGAAAGCAGAUAAUAUUAAAGUUGGGAGUUUGGAGGAUAAUAACUCAAAAGGUAAGACCUUAUUUAAAUGUUCAUGCAGAAAUAAUUUAAAAAAAUGUAAUGAUCAAGAGCUAAUUUCAGAACAAAAAUCAAAAUUAAAACAAAAAAGGAAACCUCAAAUAACUUUACAUAAAAGUGCAGUUCAGAAUAAUGCAGGAGAUAAUGAAAGUUUUCAGUAUAGUGAAAAAUUCAAAAAGAUGUCUGCCAAUGGUUUAAAGAAGAUAUAUAAAAAUAUGCAAAAUAAAUUGACUUAUCCCUACGAGGAACCGAAGAAAGAUGUACGUCUUGCUGAUAAAAAAUCUUUAGUUAAUUUAUAUUAUAAAGAUAAGGGUAAGAAAAAUGUUAAAUAUUUAAAUACAAUAACAUCAUUUAAUAUAAAUGAAAAUACAUAUUGUUUAUGUUCUAAAACCUAUCAACAAAAUGCUGAUAUUCAUAAGAUAGAUGGUAUAAAAGAGAUCAAACCAUUUGCAGUUAAAUUAAAAGAUAACAGUAAAGUAAAAUUUGAAAAGAAACCAAGAUAUAUCACAAAAGAUGUUAUUCAACCUGGUAAUAAUGGGAGUAAGAAAUUAAAAUUCUCAAAAAUUCCUACAUAUAAAUAUAUUGAUAAAAGUUGGAAAAUAUCAAAUAAUGACAAAAGUCUUAAUAAAUCUAACUUUAAAAAAGUGUACCGUAAAAAUGCAAAGAAAGUGAACUUAAACCCUUUAGCAUCUCAUAAACAUACAAUUAAUAGAAACUUAUUUGAAAGUUAUAAAAAUUGUUCACAUCAAUCAUGUAAAGAUAAUAACGUGAUCAAAGUUGAUGACAAGGCAAUACCAAUAAAAUCUAGAAAAUCCCAACCAUUAACAAAUAAACAUUGUAAAGGGCUUUUAUGUAACAAUCAGUACUUAAAUCAAAUUAUGUAUGUGACUUCUUUUUUAAUUAAAUGCUUGCAUAAAUUAAAAUUAAGAAAGUUAGAUAAACAGAUUCUUCAAGAAGUAGAAGUACAAAAUGAAAGUGAUCAUACAGGUGAACCUUUAUUUGAGAUGCAGAUAAAUUCUGUAGAUAUGUGUGUAUUAAAUGCCCAUGACAUAAAAAAUAAAAUCAAAAGUCUUGGAAAAGAAACAUCCCGAGCUGAAUGUAUUUGCCCUUCGCAUGGGCUUCGGAAGAAGUAUAUUGACAAAAAGGAAUUUUGCGCAUCCGGUGUAUAUGAAAAAGUGGUACAAAAUAAGAAAACCAAUUUCAAUUGUAAAUGCGUAAAAGUUCCAAAUGAAUGCACAGAUGUUACCUGUAAUAUUCAUUCUAAAGAAAACAGUCUUUUAAAAUCAUAUAAUAUACAAACCAGACCUACUACAACAAUUACAAAUAAGCAGCCAUUAUUUGUAGUAAAGCUGGAUUCUGACAAAAUGUGUGUAAUAAAUUCCAAAGAAAUACAAGAUAAACUAAUUAAUAUAAAAAACCAAAAAGUAGAAAAAAGUGUUGCAGGUAUUUGCGCAGAAAAAAAUAUGAAAAAUAGAAGACAUAUCUGUAACUGUAUUAAAUCAAUUAAGCCGUAUGAUUGUUCUGAAAAUACGUGUCGAAUUGAUACAUAUCAAAAUAUACCACUGUGUACAAAAUGUAAACAAUACCGUAUCAAAUCAAAAAUGGUAAGAAGAAACAUUGACACACAAACUAUAAAGUCAAAACUGUCGUGUUUUUUCGCAACUCGCACUAAUCCAGACAGGAGAAUGUAUUCACAGUCAGUCAAUAUUCAUAAAAGAAAUGAUUUGAACAAAAGCAAACAACUGAACAUAAAAGGAAUGCAACAUAAAGAUACAAAUAAUUAUUGUACAUGUUGUCAUUGUAAAAUAAACAGAAAAAGGAAACGUAUAUCAAUUUGUAAACAUUCAAUUUCAACACUUUUUAAAAGAGGUUUAUGUAGUAGUAAUAUAAUACAAAAUACAAAAUAUCAAUCUUCAGUUUAUCCAUUUAAAUGUGAAUGUAAUCAGGAUACAAAAAAACUUAAAAUACAACCAAAAAAAAUUAGACCGAAAUAUAAGCAAAGUAAAAAUAUUUCAUUAAAAGAUCGAAACAAUAAAAAGCAGAAGAAAAAUAUAAAAAAGAUUAAAAAAAGACACUCCGCAAAACUUCAUAAAAAAACAAAAACUUUAAAAAACAGCAAAGAACAGGCUUCGAAAAAUUGUUGCAUUAAUUUUAUAGAAAGUUUAUUAACUCCAACCAUGAAGUUAUUAAAAGGAUCAUUUGGUAUAUUGUUAAAAAAAGGCCCUUCUUCAUACAUAAAGAAACAGAUCAAAGGUCCAAAGGAUACAUAUAAGAAAAUAAAGACGUGGAUGGGCAAAACAUGGGACGGUCGACGGUCACAAAUGGCUAAAACAUUGUCUGAAUCAGAGACAUUAAAUAUUUUGACAGAUACGUUAAAGGAUACUGAUCUAUAUCAGACAUUUGCGCCUUCUGGAAAGUCUGCAAAAGAUAAACGAUUGAUCGAGAUCCAGAAUAGAAAAAGAAAGAGAAGAAUAAAAUUACGUCAUGAUAAAGCUCUUUACAGCUGUCGGCACAUGUUUUUAACUACGCUUAGAAAGAGGCCUUGUAUGUUUGUGUACCAUAUCUGUCCCUGUUUAUAUCCGCAGUGUCUUGGAUUAUUAUCAUUUAUGAGGAGCUUCUUUAAUUUGUGUGUAUUUAUCGCUGCUUUUGCAUGUUGGACGCCAUGCAUUGUUUUUUGCGAGCUAACCCGCGCGUUGUGUUGUUGUGUAUUUUGUACCUAGUAAAGUGUUUGAUAUAAACUAUUUAAUGAAUCAAAUAAAUUGUUUGAUUUUAUUUGUAGGUAUCAAAAUAAUGAUCAUUCAUAGUAGUUUUGA